UCCGCCAAAGUACAAGCACCGUGACAGGGCCCGCAUAUACGUACGCGGACUUGUGCCUUUCCGCAGUUUACCACGCGUGAUUUUCUACACAGGACGAACGGAUCGUUCGUCUAGACACGGCCGCUGAUACCUAAUGUCAGCGUGCUACGAUCGCGGAGUAGAAUCAAGUGUCGCGCGUCGUUACUUGCCGGUCGGCGAGCGGUGAUCGCGAUGCUCGAAUGCGCUCGCACGUCGAGGGUGGCAGUGAGGAAUGCAACCGCGGGGGACGUUUGACGCGCCACGUCGGAAACAAUCCGACUCCCUUCGCCGACGGUGAACGUGCUCUCGAUUCGCGCGAGCGGCGGGCGUCGCGGCACAUUAAUCGCGAUCGAUCGCAACCGCUAGAUCUCGGUUGCCGACGGGCUCGUUCGCGCGGCGAUAAUAUACGUGUCGUGACUUCGCGCGGUACGCACUGCGAUAUUUAGUGACCAAUCGAGCUUGACCCGCAUGGAUUUAACGAACAGUGUGAGUCACCGGAUUCAGCCGACGGCCAGUGAAAGGAGUCUCUCGUACGGAAUCUAUUGUACGGACAAUUCGGAUCCGUCGGCGAACAACCAUCUCGAAGGAUGAGCGCAGGCAGGAUCUCGAGGGAACAAACGCACGACGACCGUGAACACUUCAACAAUCGACCGUGACAUCAGAGAGCCGAUUGUUCUUAAGAAACGUGCUUGUUUCACGCCGAUACAAACUCAGCGGGAUUUUCCGGUGCCGACGAACUGGUCGACAAACACGACUCGAAUUUCCUGUUCGAUUUUCACCGGGGAUAAAAAUUUUAAGCUUGCAGAAUUGAAAGAGUGUAUCUUGCGAGACGUCCUCGAUCUAUCUCGAUUAUUUAUUCAGCGAAGGACAGACGAAGUGCGAUCACAAUAACGCGUUAAUUUGUGAGUUUUCCUCGGAGAACACGUGCUGUGGCUUCUCAGCGAACGGAUUAUGUUCACCCGUCGUUGUUGUCAUCGGUGCCGCAAACAUAAGGGCAUCAAAACAGCCGAUUUGUCUUGAUCCUGGAAGAAGAGGGUGGUAACUUUGUGGCGCGACAGCUGGCCUUAGCAGCAGCAGCCGCAGCCGCCGCCGCCGCGGCGACAGCGGCCGUCGGCAAGAUGCCGGAGAAGGAGGUCGCUUAUCAGGAGGCAUUCUCGUUGCUGCCGCCGCCGCCGCCGCCGCCGCAUCAUCCGCACUCGGCCUUCCACGCGGCCUUCCAUCCGCAUCCCCAUCCGGCGCCUCCGCCGCCGUUUCAUCCGCAUCACGGACCGCCGCCGCCGCCGCAUCCGGCUUGGGAACAUCACGCGGCGGCAGCCGCCGCUGCCGCGGCCGCGGCUUUUCACGCCCCACCGCAUCCAUUGUCCGGCAGCACGGCCGCGCUCGGAACGCACGGUAACGGCAACAACGGUGGCGGCGGCGGCGGCGGGGGUGGCAGCGGCGCCGGCGAGGGCGGGACCGCCGGCAACGGGACUUCCGGUGAUUUUUUACGCAGGAGUCAUCCACUUUCGGAGCAUACGGUCCUGCAUCCCGCUUAUCGGAUCAACUACAUGGACCACAUUUAUCACCACCUCCAGGCCUCCACGCACAGUCCCAACGCCUCGUUACACGGACUGGGUGGUUUGGGGCCCGAGUACCUCCUGCACGCGGCAGGCCCAGCCAGCACCCUCGCGUCAUCCGAAAUCCCGUUUUCCAUCGAUGUUUCUGCAUCAUCGAGAUUAGGAAGCCCGAGAGCCUCGGCGAUCAGAGCGAGUCGAAAAAGAGCACUGAGCAGUUCGCCGUAUUCGGAUAGGUUCGAUAUCGACAGCAUGAUUCGAUUCAGCCCUAACAGCUUGGUAUCCAUAGUGAAUGGCUCGCGAAGUAGUAGCGCGAGCGGAAGCUAUGGACAUCUUUCCGCUGCGAUGAGCCCGGCGUUAGGCAUGCAUCCGGGUACCAUGCCACCGCAUCUGCAGCAGUUACAGGCUCACCUUUUAAGGGCGAGCGCCGCCGCGGUGGCGCUCUUACCUCAUCCCCUGCCGCCCGCGCCUCCACCACCACCGCCGCAUCCUCAUUCGCACCCUCACGCCCAUGGAUUGUCCCCGCAUUCGCAACUGUACGCCGGAGUGCCGUCUCAUUCCACAUCGUCGGCGACGCUCGGCCCGCACGGUGCCGCAGCGCCUCCGAAGAGCGAGAGUGCAGAAUCAUGUAGGAAAGCGUCGGAAUCGUCGACUCGCUCGGUGACGGCCGAAGCCGACACCUCCUCAAGGCGGACCGCCACUAAAGUCAAAAGGGAACCGGCGACAACGACCACAAACGCGACUACGACUACCGCUCCGCCGACUCACCCUCAAGGUCUCAGUCCGAGUGAGGAUCUCAGAGAUGAGCCCGGUGACUUUAUCGAGACGAAUUGUCAUUGGAGAGAUUGUGGUCUCGAGUUUCCCACACAGGAUGAUCUCGUGAAACAUAUCAACAACGAUCACAUACACGCCAACAAGAAGAGCUUUGUUUGCGGUUGGGAGGAAUGCUCGAGGGAGGAAAAACCCUUCAAGGCUCAGUACAUGUUGGUCGUGCAUAUGAGAAGACAUACAGGAGAAAAACCACAUAAGUGUACUUUUGAAGGUUGCUUUAAAGCUUACUCGCGAUUAGAGAACCUCAAAACUCACCUGAGAUCUCAUACUGGAGAAAAACCAUACACCUGUGAAUAUCCUGGCUGCACCAAAGCCUUCAGCAACGCUAGCGACAGAGCAAAACAUCAAAACAGGACGCAUUCCAAUGAGAAACCGUAUGUCUGUAAAGCUCCUGGAUGCACAAAGAGGUAUACAGAUCCAUCGUCGCUGAGAAAGCACGUCAAGACCGUUCAUGGUGCGGAAUUCUACGCGAACAAGAAGCACAAAGGCGGCGGUGGCGAUGGCGGUGGCAGCGAUGAAGCCGGUGCAGGCGGUCAUAGUCCCAGCAGGAGCGAGGAUCUUCAUCCGAAGACGCCCAGCUUGUCGAGUCCAAGUGUCAAGUCCGAGAGUGAAGCUAAUAGUCCGCCUAGCAUGAUGCAGCAACAGGGUAGUCCGUUGGUAGGCGGCUGCAACGACGAGGUCGUCGGAGUUGGCGCUCUUACAGGCGACGGAGUUGCUCUUGCUGAGGAACCAUGGAACGAAGAACCUGAUGACUUAGACAUUGCCGACCUUCCUGUAGCGCUACGUGCCAUGGUUGGCGGAAUGGAAUCGCAGCAACAACAACAAGCACCACCGCCCACAUCACGAAAUCGUUUGAAAGGAAGACUGAAUGCCAAAGGCAUGCCGAAUUUGUCGGUUGGCGUGGCGAAUGUGCGAGGGAUUCGCGGCAUCGCGCCACAAGGGAACAUCGGCGAUCUCAACAGAAGAAUCACGGAUCUGAAGAUGGAGAGCGGUGGUGGACAGACACGGCAGACGAGUCUGUCCGAUCUUCAGCUGAGGUUGCAGCCACUCGGCGAGCCACGACGGGACAGCAACAGCACCGUUAGCACUUAUUACGGUAGCAUGAGAUCCACGGAUUUCGGCAGCAGAAGAAGCAGCCAGGCGAGCGGCGUUAGCGCUGUCAGAAUGGGCCCCAUUGGACCGGAAAGUUUCUACGACCCGAUCAGUCCUGGCACGUCUAGAAGAAGCAGUCAAAUGAGCACCACGUCCGGCAGAAUCAAUCCGCCCAGUCAUCUCCAAGGACCUUAUUCAACAAGUAAUCUCGUCGUUCAAACGCAAAACAUGUCUCUUCAGAACAUUCAGGCGAUGCCAGGCGAAUGGAACAACCCGAGCGGUCAUUGCACUCAACCAUCUGGUGAUCGACGAAUGUCCGAGCCUAUUCGCAGUAAUCAAGUUCAAAGAACUACGCCUCCGAUUCCGCCGAGGCCAAGAUCGGCGCAACUGCCCGAGCUGCAUCCUAAUCAAGAGGUGAUACUCGAUGAGGUGGGUGAAGGUGAAAUGGUGGAAAAUAAAUUGGUCAUUCCGGAUGAAAUGAUGCAAUAUUUAAAUCAGGUUCAAGCGGGUGGAAAUCAAGUUAAUUAUCGCAAUAGCCCUCUACCUAUCUGUCAAUCGCCUAUAUGCACGAAUCCUUUACAUUUCCAGCGACAGAUGCAGCCCGCGUGCAAUUACAAUCAAUCGCAUCAGCCGCAUCAACAGAACUGCUAUCCCUCUCAGCAACCCGCACAGCAACCUGCUCAGCCUUGUCCGAACUAUCAGAAUCCUUCUUCCGCGUCAUACGGCCAGUGUCCAAGUUCGCGCGCCACUCAACCUCCGUCGCAGUAUUGUCCACCGCCAAAUUAUGGAUCUCAAGUCACCGGCGGACAAGUGGCGAGUCCAGCUACGGGUCAAGUCAUGUCGCCGAGUUCUCAUUACGCUUCGAGUCAUUUGAGCGAUCAACCACUGACGUCUCCCGCAGCUGGCGCGUUGGCUCCGCAGCACGCGCCGCAAAAUCUGCCUCAAAACUCUGCCCAGCUCUCUAGAAAUUGUCCUCAGAACCAUGCUCAUCACGCUUACUAUCCGGCUUACGGUUGCACGGGUCAGAUGAGCGCGAACUGCACCGGCAAUGCUACCGGACAGGCCAAUCAUCAUUCCAAUCAAACAUGCAUACCAUCCAGUCACACUGUGCAGAUGCGAUUAACGAAUAACUGUCAGCAAUUGUCGCCGCACUGCCCGCAGCCGACCGCGCCCAUGUCCAAUCCGUCGGCCAUCGCUCAUCCAAAUGCGCAAUGUAAUCAGUCCGGUCAAUGCGCGAGGCCUAUGGCAACGUCAAAUAGUCAUAUACCCAAUAUGCAUUCUGCCCAACAACCUCCGGUGACCAAUCAGUGCGGUCCAAUGUCGCCGCACUGCUCUCAACUGAAUCUUCCGAAUCAAAGCAAACCGAUGACCACGCUGACGAACCUCCAAGGUUGCCAGCAACAAACUCAACAAUCUACUGCGACACCCUGUAUGCAAAUUGCCAACUGCGUUCAUCCCAAUGGCACGCAUCGUCAGGUGAAUGAUGGCAAUGCUUCGAAGAGGACGUCACCGCAACUUUGUAACGCUCAACAGACCAAUUGCAGAAUGCAACAACAGCAACAGACCUGUGCGCAUAACUGUCAAGCGCGCACCAAUCCUCCAGCUCAUCAGCAAUACAACUGCAAUUGCCCGUGGCCCUACGGGAACCAAUGUUAUCACGAUCAACACGGUGGACCACUACCAGAGAUACAGUGCAGAGAUAUCAGUCAGUCACAGCAGGGCUCGCCGGCAAAACCGCCUCAAGGCAUGAGGCAGGAUUCCUAUCGCAGAACAUUAGAAUACGUCCAACAGUGCAGGAAUUGGUCCGGCACCGCACAGACUCACGAAACUAAUGUCUCCAGCUCGACGCAUCCUAUGUCUUUACCGCAACCUCUACCUGCUAGUGCUAAUAUGGUUGUCAAUGAUAUGACGUCUUCCCUUAGCUCUUUGCUGGAAGAAAAUAGAUAUUUGCAAAUGAUUCAAUGACCCAUGCUUAUCAACGAAAAGCAGAAAUUUAAUUCUAUUAUUGAUCGGUGAAAUAGUCGCGCUUAAAAUUUGCUAUUUAUACGACGAAAGUUAUGCGUUCAAUAUAUUAGAUUCCAUGACUGAUGUACAUUAAACGUGAUCUUUAAUUUUGUCAUCUUUUUUUCUGCGAGAAGUAAUUUGCUUUUUUCUUGAAAUAAAUCUUAUAUGAGAUACAUAAAUUAUUGAAUGAAAUUAUUUGUAAUAUUAGUGAUCUAUUUAAUUGUAAAAUUUACACCACUUUUUUAAAGGAGCAGGAGUAAUUUUAUAAUAUUAAUAUGGAUCAUUUUUAUGUCAACAUAAAAUUUGUAUAUGUAGUUGCGAUAUAUAAGAAUUCAAAGUGCCUUAAUUGAGAACAAUGCAUAUUUUAACAGUGCCACUGAUUUAAGUUAUUAUAUUUGAGAUAUUGAUCGAGAAUGUUAAGUAUCUCGAGGAUUCGACUCAUAGUAAUUUAGAAAUAGACAUUAAAUAAUAGAUAUUCCAUAUCGUGGACAGACAAAAAUAAAGCUCCAUAUAUUUUAUUGACAAUGAGGACAAAACUUAUUGCUCGUAUAAAGUAUAUUUUGUAGUAUUCAACAGAUAUAAAAUAUACUUGUUGAAAAACCUAUGUACUUUAAAUUAUUGUAGAUAUAUUCUUAUAGUAUACAUAUAUACUUUUUGUAUAUCUCUCAAUUUUUUAUUAUGCAAAGCGUGCCAAUACAGCGUUAUCUUAUCAUAUCGUAGCUAAGCUCAAUAAUAUGUAGUGUACACCAGCGUACACUGUGAUAAAACGAGAGAAUUUAAAUGGAUAAGCAUUAUUAAUCCAUUAAACAAUAAAAGGAAUAAGACUUAAAAUGCAAAUAAUUGAACUAAUCUCUUGAUAAAAGUUUAUUUGUAAGAAAAAGCCAAUAUUAGAGUAGGAAAAUGUAGAUAAAACUAAGACUACAACUAUCAACGAGAUAACAAAUAUGAUUAUGUGAGUGUGCGCGUGUUUUUCUAGGUCGAGUGUCUUUCGUAGUUAAUAUUUUGUAAAAUGUGACUUAAGAUGAUACAUGUAAAAGUAUUACAACCCAAUCGCCUUCGGUUCAAUUGACCGAUGCAAUAUAUAUUUUCAAGUGCCUCUAGUAAUUGUUAAGAAGUAAUGACAAAUAAUGAACGACGAAUGCAAGAAAUCUCAAAACAUGAUGUAUGUAACUAAAGCUAUUUUUGUUAUACAAAGAAUUUUUAUAUAAAUUUUAUUAAAUUGCGAUCGCGAAAGAUAUGUGUGAAGUAUUUUGUGAAUAUUAUACAUAUUUGCCAUAUAAGUAUAUUAUAUCAUAAUGAAAUAUGUACAAUAGUGAAUUGGAAUAAAAAUACGGAGUCGAGUCUUAUAGCAGUGUUUGUAUCUAUGCGAAAUUGUUAAUUAUUUUGAGAAUAAACCAU